AUGUUUGCUGCAGACAUCAAGAAGGCAUACCGCAAGCUGGCCAUUAAACACCAUCCAGACAAGGGAGGAGACCCCGAGAAGUUCAAGGAGAUAUCGAGGGCCUAUGAAGUGUUGAGCGACCCGGAGAAGAAGAGCAUUUAUGAUGAGCUUGGCGAGGAGGGGCUUGAGGGAGGAGGUGCUGAGACGGAUCCCUCAGACAUUUUUGAUUUGUUUUUUGGGGGCAGGAGACCAGGCAGACAGCAGAGCAAGAAGAAGGGCGAGGACAUCGUCAGCCCCAUCAAAGUCACUCUUGAACAGAUAUACAAUGGGGCCCCUCGCCGCAUGGCGAUCAACAAGGAUGUAAUUUGCAAGGACUGCGAGGGGAGGGGAGGACCUGCGGAUGCUUUUAUAACCUGUAAGGAGUGUGACGGCUCCGGUGUGAAGGUUAUGAUCCGACACCUUGGGCCUAUGAUUCAGCAAACACAGGGGAUUUGCACGAGUUGCAAAGGCCAGGGUCGCAGCAUUGAAGCCUCAAAGCGCUGCAAGACGUGCGGCGGGAAGGGAGUUUGCAAGGAGAGGAAGAUCCUCCAGAUCUUCAUCGAGAAGGGUGUGAAGAAUCAUCAUAAGAUCGUCUUUAGAGGAGAAGCCGACGAACGGCCUGGGGAGAUCCCAGGAGACGUUGUUCUUGUUGUGGAGCAACAGGCAAGUAGUGCACACGAGCAUUUGAGCUGUGUUUGA